AAACUAAUGCCAGGCGGGAACUACAUAAAAAUAGGCAGGGACUCGGCAAAAAGUACUUAUUUGCUGUUCGCACCUCCCUCAGAAGAAGUGGGGGUACUCGCUAAAUACCUGAACACUUUCAAGAAACAUGAAGUCAACCUGUUGCACAUCGAAUCCAGACCUUCCACCAAAAUGCCUGAUUUGUACGAAUUCAUGGUGGAGUGUGCUCCUUCUGGAGACCUAAGUGGGGCUAUAGAGGACAUUAAAAAAUGCAGUCAGUACUUGCAGAUCAUCUCCAGGGAUUACAAGGAUAACAAAGGUACCCUACCAUGGUUUCCCAGAAGAAUCAGGGAUCUGGAUAGGUUCAUAAUCAAAUCUUUUCUAUGCGCUUCGCGUCUGGAUUCCGACCAUCCAGAUUCACCGAAUCAUAGUAUACAGGGACUCGCAGAAAUGUUUUUUGCAAGACUCUAACAUUUCAAUUACAAGCAUGGUCAGAAAUUACCUCACGUAGAAUAUACCAAAGAAGAAGUGGAGACUUGGGGAAAGGUGUUCAGACAAUUAAAGACCCUGUAUAGUACGCACGCUUGUAAAGAACAUAACCACGUGUUUCCCUUACUUGAAGAAAACUGUGGUUACAGGGAGGACAAUAUACCUCAACUCGAAGAUGUCUCUAACUUCCUCAAAGAUUGUACAGGGUUCACUUUGAGGCCAGUAGCUGGACUACUCUCCUCCAGAGAUUUUCUAGCAGGGUUAGCGUUCAGGGUAUUCCACUCCACCCAGUAUAUCCGACAUCCCAGCAAACCGUACUAUACCCCUGAACCUGACGUAUGUCACGAACUCCUAGGACACGCACCCUUAUUUGCUGACCCAGAAUUCGCCCAAUUUUCUCAGGAAAUCGGACUAGCAUCAUUAGGUGCUCCAGAUGACUACAUUGAAAAGCUAGCCACGUGUUUCUGGUUCACUGUAGAAUAUGGUAUUUGUCGUGAAGGGGAGAAGAUGAAAGCCUUCGGUGCAGGACUUCUCUCUUCGUACGGUGAACUACAGUACGCCCUGGAAGGGAAAUCGGAAUACCGAGUUUUCGAACCUUCAAAAACAGCUUUGCAGAAAUAUCCAAUCACGGAGUACCAGCCUGUGUACUACGUAGCGGAAAGUUUCGAAGAUGCCAAGGAAAAAAUGAUAAAAUAUGCUGCAACAAUUCCAAGACCGUUUGGCGUGAGAUACAACGCUUACACUCAGAGCAUCGAGGUCCUAGACGCCAAACCCCAAAUCCAACGACUGGUCAGCAACAUCGGGUCAGAAAUGGCCGUCCUGAUCGACUCACUGAAGAAGCUUUAAAAAUACCUACACCUUAAGAAUAGAAACAGUAUUUAAAACUGGGAAAUAAAAAUACUCUAUUUUAUAUUUCUUAUAUAUUUAUUCUAAAAUAUGAAAUACAAAAAUACUAACCGCUCA